AUGCUUUUCCAAAAGACCAUCCUUGCCUCCCUCUUCGCCGUCUUGGCCUUUGCCUCUGCCACCUCUGCCACUCCUUUUGGUCUCUCCAAGCGUGACUGUAACUACGCUUGCCCCGACAGCUCUUGCAAUGAUAGAUGCCAAGCUUCUGCUGGUGGCAAAGCCGUUGCUCCCAUUUGCCAGGAUGAUAUCAUGCCGGUUUAUUUUAUCUAUUCUCUAUUGCUUUUUUGGUUCGAGGGGUAUUCAUACGAGAACCAGACUUAUUGA